UCAAAUUCUCAUUCUUAGAAAAUUUUAAAAAACUCCAAUCAUAGAUCUUCAGUUUAUUUUCUUGGGGCAAUGGGUUGCGUUUCCUCAAAUUUGCUAAACCAGGACGACGAGUUCACUCAACUCGGUAGCUCAGCACUCGGUCACCACAUCGUUUCGCUCACUUCCACCACUUAUGGGCUGCUAACCCUUGACCCGCCGCCGCAAUCCACCACUACUCCACCUACCCCACCACCACCUUUCUCCCUUGGAUCCACCUUCAAUGAGUCUAAAUCGCUUUGGUCUGAACCUAGAUCCGUCCCCACCCGACCCGAGGUCAUUAACUCCUGGGAGCUCAUGUCUGGCCUCGACGUGGAUAGCUUCCGUUUCUCCCCUAUUAUCAACAAGGAAAAUCCGAACCCUAAUUUUAGCAAAAACGAUAGCGCUUCGAAACCGACUGUUUCGCGGUCUUCACUGCUGGAUAAAUUCCAAGCCAGCUUCCGCUUCCCAAACACCUUUCCUUCCGAAAAGGAAAACGCGGAUCCUAAUUUAAACAACAACUGCACCGUCCCGAAACCGCCUUUUUCGCGUUCCUCCCUGCUACAGAAAUUCAAUGAGGGGAACGAUGCCGUUUUAGAACCAUCACCGCUGGACAACUUCGAGCAAAUAUGUCCACCGAACGGGGAAAACAGAGUGGUAAUUUAUACGACGACGUUGAGGGGAAUCCGUAAGACAUUCGAAGACUGCAAUGCGGUUAGAUCGGCGAUUGAAAGUUACGGGCUUGUUAUUUGCGAACGGGACAUUUCGAUGGACCGAGGGUUCAAAGAAGAGUUAAGGGAAUUAAUGAAAGGGCAAGAUAAAGAGUCGAACCAAAUUACGCCUCCCCGAGUUUUUAUUAAGGGAAGGUACAUUGGGGGAGCAGAGGAACUGAUGACGAUCGUGGACGAAGGUUGGUUUGGGGAUUUAAUUAAGGGAUUGCCGAAGAAAAGAGCAGGGGAAGUUUGUGAUGGCUGUGGCGAUGUGAAAUUUUUGCCGUGUUUUCAGUGCAACGGGAGCUGUAAGAUGGCGGUGGUGGUGAAUGAGGAGGGGAGGACCGUGGUGGUCAGGUGUACGGAGUGUAAUGAGAAUGGUCUGGUGCAUUGCCCCAUUUGUAGCUGAA